AUGUACUGGCCCAAUGGUGUACCCCGGGUCUAUGCGGUCAAUGGCCCCAACAUUGCCCCAGUCGCGGACGCCGCGGACUGUCCUGACAGGAACAUUGUGCCAGAAAAUGUUCCAAGCAAUCUAGCCGUUAAGGAAUCGCACCAUGACGCACUAUCUGAUGAUACCCCAGAAAGUCAAAGUCAUGAUUCGAACUCCAAAGGUCCCACGACAAGUCCGAGUGCUUCAGAAUGGCAGCACGAAGCUAUCCAUGGCCUUUGCGUUUCGCGGUCAGGUCACAUCUUUGCAACCAUGGCCGAGUCUUCGGUUUCUCUCUGGCAAACGAGGCCUACGGUAGUCGUGGCCGUGAUAGCUCGAUCCGCGUCAUCUUUACAGACAUAUGGACCUAAUGUCUCGGUGCUCAUGCACCCAGACUCGACCAUAUUGGUCUUGCAAACUCGUAAUGGGUACCUCCUCACUUACUCGCUUGCCUUUGACGCUGCUACGCGCGUUUACCAACAAAUGUUUGAUCAUUCUACCCAUCCGCGUCGACAGCAGCUGGCUCAUUUUGCGGCGGUUGAAGACGCGAACGUUGUAGGUGAUAUCCAUGUCAGUUUUCGAAUGGCAAUCAAGAUUGAGUCUGGAAUUGUCAGGGCGCUGGCACUGGAUCAAGAACUUGUGGUUGCUACUGUCAAGCCCGCUGCGAUCCAGUGCAUUCGCUGGGCUUCAGAAGCUAGUGUAACGCAGACCAGAUCUGAAAUGCUAAACCGAAUACUCAAUGUCUCCAAAAAAGUCAUUAUAGUGGACAUGGUCUACGACCGGGCCAUGAAUCUUCUCAUUUGGCUUACCAGCAACGGCCAGGCGUACGCCGUUCAGCGAGUACCCGACAGCCAGGAGCAAUCGGACGGGCCGCAAAAACUCUUCCAGGGCCAUUGCUUUCAUGACCCUAAAACUGAUGGCGAAGGGGCCGUCAAGGUGGCGGUAAAUGCUCGUUUCUCUCUAUUAACAGUCAGCUGCGCGAACGGCGAAGUCCUUGUCUAUACUGCCAAAGACUAUACAGGAAACGUUCCCCUGUCACAAAAGCUGGCUGUUCCUGCAUCUCCCGCCGCGACAGGGGCCAUCACAUUCAUGAGCUAUUCUCCCGACGGCUAUUGCCUUUUUGCGGGCUACGAAAAUGGUUGGACAACCUGGAGUGUGUUCGGAAAACCCGGCGGUAAUAGCUUCCCUGUCGACCCUACAUUGGCAAAGUCCAACGAUGAAGACUGGCUUACGGGCGUCACCAACGGUUGCUGGAUUGGUGGCGGCUCGGACAUUAUUCUGUCGGCGAAGAAUGAUCGGCGCCUCUGGAUUUUGGAAACUGCUCGGAGUGCCUUGACUGGAUGCUUCUCUGCCGCGAACCUGGCGCGCGGCUUGCUGCAAACCGGAACUGAGUUCAUCUUAUAUCGAGGGCACGAUUUGCCGGAUUUGAUGACGAUAUCUGGCAAAGACUCGCUUUGGCAUCACGCUCAGUAUCCUCCGGCUUAUCUUCAUUCGCAAUGGCCCAUCCGCUCCUGUGUGGUAUCACAGGAUGGGCGGUAUGUCGCGAUCGCAGGUCGACGUGGCCUAGCACAUUACAGUGUCAACAGUGGCCGAUGGAAGGUCUUUGAGGACUCGAUUGCGGAAAACUCAUUCGCGGUUCGAGGAGGCAUGUGUUGGUACGGCCAUAUCCUGAUUGCGGCUGUUGAAAGCGAUGGCUCAUACGAGUUACGGCUUUAUUCGCGUGAGGAUAAGCUGUCCAAGAGUUCUAUCAUGCAUAUCGAAUAUCUUCCCUCUCCGGUGGUAUUCAUUGGCCCGUCGGGAGAAGACUCACUGUUAGUCUACACCUAUGACAAUAUUCUCUACCACUACAUCAUCAAUUCCACACACAGCAAGAUCAGUUUGGUUCCGGUCGGUCAGAUCGCUUUCAACGGCAUUGUCAGGGCGCCCACGCGAGUUCGCGCAAUCAGCUGGGUUCUGCCAGAGGAGCAGAUGCGUAACGGUGAUCCUUCUCAAGACGUCAGAGUGGCCUCGGUACUUCUUCUAGUCGAUGGCAAUCUCGUUCUUCUUCAACCUACAGUGACAGAUUUGGGUGAUCUCAAAUACGAUAUGCGGGUAAUCUCCCAUGACGUGGAGUACUACAUUUUGAUGCGAGACCAGCUUUCGUUCAAUUUUUCAUCCCAGGUCGACGAGCCUAUACCCUCAAGUCCUUCUGCAGACAUGGCUCUAGAGCCAUCUUAUAGCAACCUUUCCCUCCGUGACUCUUUGUGGAUGUUUCGGGGGAAGGACCUCCUUGCCUGGGACGACGUUCAAGACAUCUUGCAGCAAGAGACGGUGCCCACGCCGCUUAGCAUUCCCUUGGACUUUUAUCCGCUAUCUGUCAUUCUCAACAAGGGUGUGGUACUCGGCGUGGAAUCUGAGAUGACGCAACGGCGAGACGUGACAUUUACUAGUCAAAAAUUCGCUAUUCGAACCCAUCUCUUCCUCCCUUAUUUCCUACGAUAUUGUCUCGUCUAUCUAGGAAUGCCCGCCGCGGUUUCAUUGAGCAGGCAUUUUUCGCACCUUUCUUACUUCUCCCACGGCCUUGAGAUUCUGCUACAUCACGUCCUUGACGACGAAGUCGACAACAACAGCCGUGCACACAAGGCUGGUGAUUCCACAGUCCCCGAAGAGCCACUCCUGCCCACCGUCAUUGCUUUCCUCCAGGCGUCGAUUCCCACGCGAGAAUAUCUUGAAAUUGUGGUGCAAUGUACACGCAAGACGGAGCUGCGCUUUUGGCGCACGCUUUUCACGUAUCUUCCUCCGCCGAAAGACCUGUUCGAACAGGCUCUCCGACUUGAUUCGCUCAAGACUGCUGUGGGCUAUCUUCUUGUUCUACAGGCAUUCGAGGAUGAAGAAGAACAUGAUCAUGACGGACACAUUGAAGAAUAUGUCGUGCGCCUGAUCGGUCUGGCAUCGCAGAAAGGAGAUUGGGAGCUUUGCGGUGAACUAGCCCGCUUUCUUAUCGCGCUUGAUUCCUCGGGCGAGAUGCUCAAACGUGCCGUGAGCCGUGUCGGGUUGCGCUCGAAUUUCCGUCCAUCAACUACCGCUGGUCAGUCGGUCCGUCCUAGUUUUAGUUUGAGAACGUCGUCUGCAGCGAGUGUCAAAGGGCUUGGAUUGGCUCUGCCAAUUCGCACACCGUCCUGGUCGUCCCUAUCUCCGACUCGCUCACUCUCUCCGCGUCAAAAUGGUGAAGAAGCGGGGUUUUCUGACAACUGA